GAAACAAAGCAAAAAACUACCUACAACAUGUUCGCUAAGAUUGUUGCCGUCCUCUGCUUCAUCGGCCUGGCUCACGCUGGCUACAUCGGCUCCAACCUCGGAUAUAAUGGUCUAGGUUAUGGCGCAGUCGGCUAUGGCACUCUCGGCUAUGGCGGAUACGGAGCUUACGGGGCCCCUCUCGUUGCCGCCGGGUCUCUCGGUUACAGUCCUGCAGCGGCUUAUGCCGGGGUUACCGGGUACGGUGCAUACGGCCUCGGUGGUUAUGGAUAUGGUAGAUUGGGCUGGUGAAUAACAAAGUAAAUAAUAAGUAUUUAGAUCCUUCUACUUAUAACCAUAAAAAAUGUUUGAUUUUCAAUCAUUAAUUAUGUCCAUUCAUGAUCCGUUUUGUGUGUAAAAUAAAGUAUGUUUUUUA